AUGUCUUCGUCCCUUUUGACCGCUUCACCUUCAUCCACGUCGGCGCCCAGCAGCAGUAAACAGCCAUCAUUUGAUGAUGCAUGUUUCAAAACACCGUUGCCAUUUAAUAGAAAACCACGUGGUCGUGGUCGUGGUGCCGCGUCUGCUGCAGCUGGAGGUGGAACUCGACCCAAUGGUUAUCACUCAACCGGAAGUACUCGUGGACGAGGUGGCGGUCGAAUGAGUACCGGUGCGAAAACCGCUGCUCCUCCGCCAGCCCCUCCUCAACCAAAGUUUGAGCUACAUGACGUAGCUUGCCCUAAUACGUCGGCGUAUCUAGGUGCAUUAAAUCUUCCCAAAUUUGCAUCAAUUCAACCAAAAAGUGAAGUGAAGGAAGAAGUCGCCGAUUGUGAUGAGGAAAAACCGUCGACGUCAAGUCAAUUAGUUAAAGAAGAUGCCACGGAGGAGAGGAGUGAUUCCGGGUCGGCUUCAAGUGUAAUAUUGAUUGAGAAUGGAGAAUGUGAGACUGGUAAAGAAAAAACGGGUGAACAAACUAAAGAAAAUGGAGCAACUAAUUCAUUGGACAGUUCAGCGGAAACUGAAGUGUCAUCUACGUGUUCUGGAGAUGUAAGUAAUCUUAUUCGGAUUUGA